GAAGAAGAACCAUAGACAGUGAAUGCGCAUGCGCAUUUCUUGUUUUCCCCGGCGGCACGCGGGGUUCAGAGCGUGUUAGUUCGGUGGGUCAUCAACGUGGUCAGGAUGGUCCGUAAACUGAAAUUCCACGAGGAGAAGCUCCUGAAGAAGGUGGACUUCAUCAACUGGGAGGUGGACAACAACCUGCACGAGGUGAAGGUUCUGCGGCGGUUCCGCAUCGAGAAGAGAGAGGAUUACACCAAGUACAACAAGCUGAGUCGAAACAUCAGAGAUCUGGCGCAGAAAAUCCGGGACUUGGAUGAGAAGGAUGGUUUCAGGGCCCAGAGCUCCCACCGGCUGCUGGAGAAACUGUACAGCGUCGGCCUCAUCCCCACCAGACAGAACCUGUCCCUGACGGAGAAGGUCACGGCCUCGUCUUUCUGCAGGAGGAGGCUGCCCUCCAUCAUGCUGAACCUGCGGAUGGCUCAGAACCUGAAGACGGCCAUUACCUUCAUCGAGCAGGGACACGUGCGCGUGGGGCCAGACGUCGUCACAGACCCCGCCUUCCUGGUUACAAGAAACAUGGAGGAUUUUGUCACAUGGGUGGACUCCUCCAAGAUCAGGCAGCACGUCAUGAACUACAACGAUGAGAGGGACGACUUUGACAUGACGGCGUGAGCGUGGACGACAGGAGGAACGUCUGCUCCGAUCCAUGCAGAAGACUGGACUUCCCCUGUCCUCUCAGAGAAGCUGGUCGUGCUUUUGGUGUUUGCUGCGUUCCCGUGAGCUGACAGCUCAUCACUUAUUUCCACACAAGUUGUAAAGUUCAGAAAAAUUGUUCCUCUGACAUUUCUAAGGGAAGAUUCCCAAAUUCACCACCUCCUCUGAGGCCACGCUGGCUUCAGGUCAUUGUUGGGAGCUUCACUCAGAAACUGACCUCAUUGAGACGUUUGUUUCUGUGGAGGAACAAUCGCUGACUCCGCCCACCAGCGCGCUGUGGAGUUUGCUGCAUUUCUGCUUCAGCUGGACGGAUGCAGAGGUUUAAACAGCAGCAGGACCGUCCUCCUGGCAGAAGGUUCUGGACCAAAUGUCAGAUUUUCAGCUCUGUCCUGAAAACUUCACUAUUCAGCCCAAGUUUUCCAUAUCAUGGCUAUUUAUUUUGUUCAAUGUUUCUGUGAAACCGUGUUUAUUUUUAUGAACAUGAUUUUAUAACUGCUCAGUUUUGUCUGUUUUCCUGAUUUAUCAGUUUUGUUUCCUCUUAAAGUAAAUGUGUCUCACAAUAAACAGUUCAAUCCA